GAGCAACCCUAGUGACAGGAGCCCAAGCAGCAGAGCAGGUUGUCCCCAUUUCCCCUCCCCCUUCCCUUCUCCGGUUGAUUUCCCAGGCCCCCUACACUCCACAGUCCUGGUCCCGCCAUGUCCCAGAAACAAGAAGAAGAGAACCAUGCAGAGGAGACUGGUGAGGAGAAGCAGUACACACAAGAGAAAGAAGAUAUUCUCCCAGAGAAAGCUGAAGAGGCAAAGCUGAAGGCCAAAUAUCCAAGCCUAGGACAAAAGCCUGGAGGGUCUGACUUCCUCAUGAAGAGACUCCAGAAAGGGCAAAAAUACUUUGACUCAGGAGACUACAACAUGGCCAAAGCCAAGAUGAAGAAUAAGCAGCUGUCAAGUACAGGACCAGACAAGAACCUCGUGGCUGGUGACCACAUUCCCACCCCACAGGAUCUGCCCCAGAGAAAGUCCUCACUCGUCACCAGCAAGCUUGCGGGGUAACCUGGGCCCCCUCACCUCCCCUUGCUCACCCACUGGACUUUUGUGUAUCAUAGGCAGGGAUGGAAAGGGCACCUAGUCAGACCUCAGCUUGUUAGCCAGAAGUGGCAGCGGUUUUGCUGGGGGCUGCUGAAAAGGUAAUGUGGGUUGAAGAGGGGCUCUGAAUUCAUGUGUUUGGUUAAAAUCAGACUUCCACUCCUUUACUGCAAUCCAGGUAGGGGCCCAGAAUAGGAAAGACUAGGAUUGGAUAAUGCUGCAAAUUCAUUUUCUUGUGUGAGAAACUGGAGAGACUUGAUUUCUCCUUUAGGAAGAAAAUGUCCCAAAACUGGUUAGGCUGAUGCUGGGGAAUAAUUUGGUAGGUUUAACAUUCCCAUGCUAACCUGACAUAGUGAGAAAGGCAGACCGAAUGAGACACAUUUUCUGUGCUAACUGUUUUGUCUUUAGGCUCCUAUCGCUUCAAGUUUCCAUUAUGGCAGGUUUAGAGAAUCCUCAAAAAGAAAACCUGACUUGCUUGACUAAAACUACAAUGCCCACUUAACUUCCUUUACUUAGUAUCUCUUACAGUUUGCCCUGGCUCUCAAAUGAUGUAAAGAUUGAUGACCAUUGUUCAUAGAAUAUGUCAUGUUCUCUCUCUCUUCCAGCACGUUACUUUUGAAAGUUUCAUGGAAUAGCAGAAAGAGUGCUGGUUUAGGAGUCAAGGCAUCUGGUUGAAGUUCCACUCAGUCUCAACAAAACUGAUGUAUAAGCUUGGUCAAGUCAUUUAGCCUCUCUGAAUUUCUAUUUUCUCAUCUAUAAAACAGAGUUAAAAAUAUAUAAUAUUGAUUCUGA